AAAAUACUCAUGCUGGUUCGGGAGAAGUUUGGAGAAGAAUGUACCCUGCAGUGUUUUGGAUCGUCUCAGACAGGUACGUCGCUGGUAUACCAACAGCAUAGUGAUGUUUGCUCAGCAAAAAGCUACCCUGGUGUUUUCGUCCUCGCUACAAGGUCUACUUCUUGCCAACAGCGAUAUCGAUGUGGUAGUUUUCACUCCCGCACCAGCACCACCAGAAACCACGACGCCAACUAGGACAACCGUCUUCGACGAGACGUUUGAGGAUCCCGAACGGGAGCAUAACCUUCGAAUUCUCAGAACCCUGCGCGAGACUCUCCACAAAUCCGGUCUCCCUCUCCAAUCCAGUAUCCGGCUUGUAGGCGAAGCCAACGUCCCUGUGCUGAAAUUUGUAGAGAAGAUUACUAGGAUCCCUGUGGACGUCAGCGUCAACAAUUCUCACGGCAUGAUCUCGACGGAAAUCAUACAGAACUGGAUCAGAGAAUACCCGCCGUUGAGGCCCGUGACCUUGCUCAUAAAGCAUUAUGUCUGGCGCGCUGGGAUGAACGAUACGUACACGGGCGGCUUCGGAUCGUACGUGAUCGUCAACAUGGUGGUCUUCAUGUUUAAACAAUUCCCGACGCUUCUGGAAGGACCUGACAUCUACGCGAAGACCUUCAUCUGCUUCUUGCGCUAUUACGGCACGUUAUUCAACUAUCGACAAUAUGGCAUCUCAACUAUCGACAAUGUGGCAUUCAAAUUGUCGCAAGAUCAUCGCGUAUGGCAGAAUCCAGCGAGAGCUGAAUCUGUCCCAUUCGUCGUGGAGGACCCGACGAAUCGUAAACGGAAUGUGGGUAAAUCAGCUUCCAAUGCAGGUACGGCCAUACCUUUCUCUUUGUGAUGCCACGAUUGUCCCGCCCAACCCGGUUAUGUUUCUAGAAUGCAUGUUCCGUAUGUUCGCGAAGGACUUCGUCAAGCUUCAGACCGCCUUGGAAAACUGGGAACCGGCAGACUCGAACCUUUCGCCAU